UCUGGUGAGCGAGAGGGCGGUGAAGUGCAGAUUUCAGACCGGUUUGUAGUCGAAAUCGACGAGGACGCCGGGGUAGUGAACCCCUCAUAUCUGUUUGAAAAAGAAGAACACCGGAUUGUCACAUUAACUAACCGGGACGACGAAUUUACACACUGACCGGAUACAAGAUAAAGAACUUCAAAGGGCGGCAGCUGGGGACAUUUUGUACAACUUUGAGCUGUCAGUUGCGGUAAGGCAAGUCGGGGGAGAGGACUUCCAGCCGAGGGGAACCCCAAGCGGCCCGGUUCCACAUCAGCGACCAAAGCCGGGGAGCGGGCUGCCGCGUAGCCGGGGAGCGGCGUGUCGGCUAGCGGAUCUGCAGUCAAGUUUUAACCGGCGCAGGGAGAAGUAAUCACUGGGUGCCGGAUCAUCCGGACAGAUACCUCAUGAAUGGAAAUCGGAACAACAGGAGCCGCUGAAGCCCAAGCCCAAGCCCUUUUUUCGUUGCCACGGCGACCUGGCUAUGGCACCAUUGGGAAGCCCAUCAAGCUUCUCGCCAACUGCUUCCAGGUAGAAAUACCCAAGAUCGACGUCUAUCUGUAUGAGGUGGACAUCAAGCCAGAAAAAUGUCCUCGCCGGGUCAACAGGGAGGUGGUGGACUCCAUGGUUCAGCAUUUCAAGGUGACCAUCUUUGGUGACGUUCUGCCAGUUUAUGAUGGGAAGAGGAGCCUCUACACUGCUAACCCACUUCCUGUCGCCACUGGUGGGGUGGAUCUGGAUGUCACCCUGCCAGGUGACGGUGGGAAGGACCGCCCAUUUAAGGUCACCAUUAAGUUUGUGUCACUGGUCAGCUGGCACAUGCUGCAUGAAGUCUUGACGGGACGUGCUGUGGCCGAACCGGUGGACCUUGACAAACCGAUCAGCACCAACCCUGUUCAUGCCGUGGACGUUGUCCUUCGUCAUCUGCCCUCCAUGAAGUACACACCUGUCGGACGGUCCUUCUUCUCCUCCCCAGAGGGUUAUGACCACCCUCUAGGUGGGGGAAGAGAGGUUUGGUUUGGCUUCCAUCAGUCGGUACGGCCAGCCAUGUGGAAAAUGAUGCUCAACAUUGAUGUGUCAGCCACAGCUUUUUAUAAAGCCCAGCCAGUAAUCCAGUUCAUGUGUGAGGUCCUGGACAUUCACAACAUUGACGAGCAGCCUCGCCCUCUCCCUGACUCCCACAGGGUCAAGUUCACCAAAGAGAUCAAAGGUACACCACCAAGGAAAGGUCUUAAAGUGGAAGUGACUCACUGUGGAACCAUGCGUAGGAAGUACAGAGUCUGCAAUGUAACACGACGCCCUGCCAGCCUCCAGACAUUUCCGUUGCAGCUUGAGAGUGGUCAGACAGUUGAACGCACUGUGGCGCAGUACUUCAGAGAGAAGUACAACCUGCAGCUAAAGUACCCCCACCUGCCUUGUCUGCAGGUGGGCCAGGAACAGAAACACACCUACCUGCCCCUGGAGGUGUGCAACAUUGUAGCUGGACAGCGCUGCAUUAAAAAACUAACAGAUAACCAGACGUCAACCAUGAUCAAAGCAACAGCCCGCUCUGCACCAGACAGACAGGAGGAGAUCAGCAGGCUGGUGAGGAGUGCAAAUUACGAGGCCGACCCAUUCGUCCAGGAGUUUCAGUUCCGCGUGCGAGAUGAGAUGGCUCAGGUGACGGGCCGCGUCCUGCCGGCCCCCAUGCUGCAAUAUGGCGGCAGGGUGAGCUCUGAACCAUUUAUGCCCCAGCAGAUCAACCCUGCACUGUCGUUGCAGAACCGCACGGUGGCCACACCCAGCCACGGGGUGUGGGACAUGAGGGGGAAGCAGUUUCACACGGGAGUAGAGAUCAAGAUGUGGGCCAUCGCCUGCUUCGCCACCCAGAGGCAGUGCCGAGAAGAGAUCCUUAAGAGCUUCACUGACCAGCUGCGUAAAAUCUCAAAGGAUGCUGGGAUGCCAAUCCAAGGCCAGCCAUGUUUCUGUAAAUACGCCCAGGGAGCUGACAGCGUGGAGCCCAUGUUCAGACACCUGAAGAACACCUACGGUGGGCUGCAGCUCAUCAUCGUAAUCCUGCCUGGGAAAACACCUGUCUAUGCUGAGGUGAAGCGGGUGGGCGACACCCUUCUUGGCAUGGCCACUCAGUGUGUGCAGGUGAAGAACGUAGUGAAGACGUCCCCUCAGACCCUGUCAAACCUCUGCCUCAAGAUCAACGUCAAACUGGGAGGAAUCAACAACAUCCUGGUUCCACACCAACGACCCUCUGUGUUCCAGCAGCCUGUCAUCUUCCUCGGGGCUGAUGUCACUCAUCCUCCAGCAGGAGAUGGGAAAAAGCCAUCUAUUGCAGCGGUGGUGGGCAGCAUGGACGCUCACCCCAGCAGGUACUGUGCUACAGUGCGGGUCCAGAGGCCCAGACAGGAGGUCAUCCAGGACUUGGCGUCUAUGGUGCGAGAGCUCCUGAUCCAGUUCUACAAAUCAACCCGCUACAAGCCGACCAGGAUCAUCUUCUACAGGGACGGAGUGUCAGAGGGACAGUUCAGACAAGUCCUGUACUAUGAGCUGCUGGCUAUCAGGGAGGCUUGCAUAAGUCUCGAGAAAGAUUACCAGCCGGGGAUUACUUAUAUUGUCGUGCAGAAACGCCAUCACACGCGUCUCUUCUGUGCAGAUCGCAACGAGCGGGUUGGACGAAGUGGAAACAUUCCUGCAGGCACCACAGUGGACACCGACAUCACCCACCCCUACGAGUUUGACUUUUACCUCUGCAGUCACGCUGGAAUCCAGGGUACAAGCCGGCCUUCCCACUACCACGUUCUGUGGGACGACAACUGUUUCACCGGGGAUGAGUUCCAGCUCCUCACCUACCAGCUGUGCCACACCUACGUCCGCUGCACGCGCUCCGUCUCCAUCCCUGCACCAGCUUACUACGCCCACCUGGUAGCCUUCCGUGCCCGCUACCACCUGGUUGACAAAGAGCACGACAGUGCGGAGGGCAGCCACGUCUCAGGGCAGAGUAAUGGCAGAGACCCCCAGGCGCUGGCCAAGGCUGUUCAGAUCCACCACGACACACUGAGGACCAUGUAUUUCGCCUGACCGCCCCUCCACUUCCCUCCAUCUUCAACCAGUCUCAGUGUCCCACUUCCAUCAGCUGCCUCGUCACGUCACGCAGAGGCCACUGGAACUCGGUGGCGACGGCUGCGAGUGCAGGCCGCGUAAGGACGUAAUAAGCCAGAGAGGAGUUACAGCCACAUUAUGCAAUUUGAAACCAGCCAAUCUUUUCUGUGCUCCCGCCCGUGCAUCUCUUUCUCACCUACACCUCCUCUGCUGUAUUUAAAUUACAAUGGAUUCUGUCUCCUCUAAAGCGCGCAAGUCACGUCCUUGCCUUCCAGUUUUGACAGCAGCUCAAAGUUUUUAUUUUGCUGUUUUUAUUUUUUUCUGUGUGUUUAAAGUAUGGCGGAGCAGCAGGGAAUACAAAAACUGAUGAUUUUUUUGGUGCAUGGUGGGCAUGAAGCAGAACCAGUGAGGACCUGACUUGCUCCGUAGCCUCAUGUUGACCCUAAUGUUGCUGGUUUAUGUUGUAGAUGGUUUUUACACGUUUGUUUGUGAGUUUUCAUCUUGUCUAGAUAUAAUUUGUGUCACUUCUCUGUCGAGCAAAUGUGUGAUUGCCACUGCAACACGUUAGCCAAGUACGCUUGUAAACGUCAGGCUGCCUUAGCAGUUACUCCUCUGUCUCCCUUUAAGCCAAUGGUUCCUCACAGUCAUUCAGCCAGACAGUAAGAAGCCCAACUCAGCACUCAACCAACACAGACACUGAAUGAAAUCUUUAUUUAAUUUUUUAAACAAAGCCACUUACAGCCAUCAAAGAGGUAUUGUGUAUCGCUUAAUGCCUUACAGCGAGGUGAGGUGCAUACAGAGGACUGCUAGAAUACAAUGCCAUGGCCAUGAAAUGGACAAUUUUAAACGUCUCUCACUCACAGUUCAGCUUGGUACAAAGUGUUAUACCAAACGUCGUCCUGUGAGUUUUAUUCCUUCUUGCUAUUUAUGAGUUGUUGUGUUCUUUUUAACUUAAUUAACAUUCGUUUUCAGCAAUAGAACAGAGUAGACCGUUUCUAUCUUGUGACGACCACAAACCUUUUGGCUUUUCACAGCUUUUACACAAGGAACUGACCAAUUUAGUUGUCAAAAACUCCGUCAGUGCAAUAAGGUGUUAAUACAGAGCGAGCAGGUUCAGUGGUGAAUGUUUUCAAGGAGCUUUGGCGUGCUAAAAUGUUUACGAGUGAGUUUUGGCAUGUGACAAUGAACUUGGAUUCAGGAAUGUAUCGGCCUGAUGUGAGGAUGUGUGGAUCAGCCGAGAGGUCUGAUGGUGUUUGGAGAGAUCAAACAAAGUGCCUGAUUUGGUAAGAGUGUGUUAACUGUUAGUUGGAUGGAAGGUUUUUAAUCGAAUGUUGGUUUGGUUGCUUCUGUUAUUGCAUUUAGUGAAACGGUCUCAGAAUCCCAACAUAAUGUAAAAAUACUGCACUGCCCGAGACAUGGAGCUGGACUGUAGUUGAUCUCAAUGCAUGUGUGAUUAUUCCUAAUGUUUUUGUUUUUCGUUAUCAGGAAAUAAUUAAUCAACUUAACAUUUUAACGGUUUGUGUCCUUGUGAUUGCAACAUAUUAUGUGAUCAGUUAGACGCACUUUAUUGGAGAUCAUACAUAAAACAAAGCUUACAUUGAUUAUGAAAUACAACAGUGCAGUUUCCUGCAAAUUAUGUCCAGCUUUUUCAUGAAGAUUUUUUAUAAUGUCACGAUCUUGAGAAGUGGUCAUGUCAGUGAGGGAGAAAAAAAAAAAAGAAUAAUCACACUCAUUUCUUCUCUGCUAUUAUAAAUGUGGAUUUCUGAGCAGGCGUUACAUGCAGCCAGUUGAAGACAGAGACUUGGAUGCGUGUCCUCACUUGGUGCACUGACAGCCCGCACUCUUUGUACUCUUUCAUAUUCAUAUAUCAGUCUUUUUCACCUUGCUGUUUUGCAUUUGUUUUUAGAGGAGGUCUGGGCUGGGUAUCUCCAAAACUGGUUUUCAUGCUGCAGCUAACUAUUAUUUUCAUUAUCGAUUAACCUGCUCAUUUUUUCUCAAUUAAUAAUUUUGUUUAUAAAAUGUAUUAUUAUUACUUUUUUAAUAUUUGUUCUAAUUUCACAUAGCCCAAUGAGAUGCAUCAGAUUUCUUGUUUUGUCUGACCAACAGUCUAAAACCCAAAGAUUUUCAGUUUACCACCAUAUAUGACAAAGAAGAGCAUCACAGUCUCUCAUUUCAGUCCCUAGAAACAGCAGAUUUUUUACUAAAAAUUACUAAAAACUAUCAAUUAUAAAAAUAGUUGCUGAUUAAUUUUCUGUCAGUUGACUAAUUAAUAAUAAAAUAAUCGUUGCUGCUCUAGGACGGUACUUAAAACUACCUUUCUAUUUUGGAGGAAACCAUUUUUUCUGCUACAUUUGGACACUGGUAGCUUAUGAAUCUCAAAUUACAACAAAAUAAUUAUCGGAAAAAUCACAUAAGACAUCUGCUAACAAUCCAACAUGUUGAAGUUUAUCAAUAUAUUUUUUUGCUUUUUUAAAUCAUCGUUGCCAGUUAUCAGUCACAGUGGUACUUCUUUUCAAUGCCCAGCCCCUGAGGGUGUUUUUCUGUCAUGGCCUUGCAGUAUAGUUUAACACAGACGAAGCCUUCAGGUUUCAUCACGUGGACCAAACCAACGUGCCUGGUAGGGGUGAAGGUGGAGGAUUUUGAGGGAGGGUGGGGUUGCUGUACUGUACGGGUAGCUCUCUACACUCACAGCCUUACAGCAUCGUGCUGAUCGGCCCUGUACUGCUAACUGUGCAAGCCACAUGUCACCAGAACCAAACUUACGCUGCUAUAAGAAAACCCAUUUAUUGAAUAUUUCCUCAGAUAUAUACACAUACACAUAUACACAGAGAGACUUAGAGGAUAUGGUAUUUUACUGCACUUAAAAAAUAUGCACGUGUUUAUGGUUGAACAUGAUGCUGCUGAGGUGUGUUUUGUGUCCGGGCAGAGUUUGUGCUUCUGGUUGAUUCUCUUCUGUUUUUGGAGUCGCCUGCAGUUAAAAGCAUUUUUAAUUCUAAAAACUAUCUGAGUAGUUUGUCCCCCUCUGUGUUUGUUGUCCCGUUGAAGCAGUUUCCUAAAUGUCAGACAUUACCAGCAUUUGAUUUUACUUGAAGAAAAUUAGUCGUGGGCAUGUUUAACAUUGUUGGCUUGUGCUCUGCUUGUUUUUUGAAAGUCUAUUUAGAGCCUUAUGACGGGAAUCCCUUUUACACUCACAACGCCACGUACAGUAAGUCGACCUGUAGGCAGGUCUUUGUGUCUUACAGCGCUGGACAUCAGAUGCCUUUUUCCUAAAUAAAAUAAAAGCAUUUUAAAGUCUGAAUUGAGAUAUAUUUAUAUGUAAGGAUAUUCAUGUAAUGCACACACCACUUAUUUUUCCUAUUAAGUCCUAUUUGAAGCAGAAGUGUGAUAGCUGUAUGGAAAUAUGGAGUUUAAUAAUCGCAGUGGCCGGUGAUCAUUUUUCAGAAUUUGAUAAUGCAAUAGGUUUACUUGUGUUAAAAGCUAAACGGAUGUAUUUGCUGCAUUGACCUGCUUUGUGGAGACCGUUGAGGGUUGUUUUGUCAUGUUAAGUGAUCAGAUGAACCUUCAACCCUCCUCUGCAAAGACCUGUGAAGACCUCCCCCCUGCUGUUAUUUUAUCAUCUCAAAAAGCUCAUCAAAGAAGUGAAAGAUUUUGAAUGUGAUGGGAUUUAAGACAUUUCUCAGUGCAUGUGCUGCAAACUGCAUCAAAGUUUUUUAUUUUACUUUCUUUUGUUUGCUGUUGUUUUGUUUUCUUUUUUUUUUAACUCUUUUUGCAUAUUCAUGAGAGGAGGAGGGUUGAAAGUUCAUCCUUGGACCCACUCGUCCGUAAACAGACUGUGCCUUUCCUGAUGGUGCUGAAAAAGAAAAAAAAAAACGAGUAAAUCAAAGAAAUCUUAAUUUUCAGAAAGGGCGCUGAGGCCCGAGUCUACAUUGAUAAGUAUAUAUUGAUACAUGACAAUACUGUAAGGUGUGAGUGUGUGUGUGUGUGUGUGUGUGUGUGUGUGUGUGUGUGUGUGUGUGUGUGUGUGUGUGUGUGUGUGUGUGUGUGUAUAUAUAUGUAUUUGUGUGUGAGUGUGUGGAUACCUCUGACAUAUAUGCCAAGAACACACAAAUAUGCAGAACUGAUCAGUGUGGAGCUGACAGGACCAAAAGGCCUGUGGGGAUCAGUUUAGUAGACGGGCACUCUCAAGCACAACCCAAUAACUAACAUUUCUAAAAAACAAAAAACAAAUAGGGGAACACUCAUGACUCCAUAGGUAACGAGUAGCUCAGUGUAGAUUAUGUAGCAUUAUUUAUUUAACUUUAUUUCUAUAGGGAAAUGAUGCCUCCCUUACUGCUUGUAAACACAUUUAUUUUUUUUUCUCCCUCCUUUAGCGUUUUAAUUUAUGUGUUCAUUCUCGAAUGGACGGCAAUAAUGAAGAUAUCGUAAAGUUUCUGUGCAAACCGUUUGUCUGGCCUUCUCUCAGUUUAUGCACGUCACCAUCUGACCCUCUUUUUUUUUUUUUUAUGAUUUUAGUUUUUCUUCUAUCUUCUAAUGUGAAAUUUUAGACGUUUACAGACUUGGGAUCGUUCUUCGGUUGAGUUGUAACUUCACGAGUGCCCGUCUCCCAUGUGAAGGGAUUCCCCACAAUAAUAAAUCUGUAAACCUCUGCGGUUGGCUGCAUAUCAUACUCAAAAAGAUAAAUAAUGUUUGGGUUUCACAGUAUAUUAAUGUGCUUUUUUCCUUUUGUUUUUGCCUGAUUAUUAAAAUGUGUCACUUUUAGAAGUAAAUUGUAUGUCAAGACCUUUUUUGUCUUAACACUCAUCUGAUCCUGGUCCUACGUUGAGCCUUUUUAUUUGGUUGUCAUAUUUAAUUUUUUGAAUAAAUACUCUAUGUAUGAAA